AUGGGAUCGUUGUUUAGGUCGGAACCGAUGACCAAAUGUCAACUGUUCCUGCAGUCAGAGGCCACGUAUAACUGUGUCUCAGAGUUGGGAGCAUUAGGUUUGGUUGAGUUUAAGGAUCUGAACGGAGAGAUCAAUGCCUUUCAGCGCCGGUUUGUCAAUGAGAUCCGUCGCUGCGAUGAGAUGGAGAGGAAACUCCGAUUCCUCGACAAAGAGAUCGCCAAAGAAGUGAUUCACGUGUUGGACACCGGAGACAAUCCGGAAGCGCCGCAACCGAAGGAAAUGAUUGAAUUGGAGUCGACUUUCGAGAAGUUGGAGACAGAGUUGAAAGACGUGAACAGAAACGCCGAGGCCUUGAAGAAGACAUACAAUGAGUUAAUUGAGUUGAAGUAUAUACUCAACAAAACCGAGUACUUCUUCGACGUCGUUGAGGGCAGACAACGGCGCGACUCAUUGCUGGCCGAAGACACCGCAGCUAUUCUGCCCAUCGAUGACGGCGGAGGAAGGGGUCACUCGACCGAUAAACUGGGUUUUGUGGCCGGAGUUAUCAAAAGAGAUCGUUUGAUGACAUUUGAACGCAUGCUGUGGAGAGUGUGUCGCGGAAACGUCUUCUUAAGGCAGCGCGAGAUCGAGAAACCUCUUGAGGAUCCGUUGAACGGCGAUUUGGUGCUCAAGUCUGUGUUCCUCAUCUUCUUUCAGGGCGACCAACUCAAGGCCAAAGUCAAGAAAAUAUGCGAAGGCUUUCGCGCCACUCUCUAUCCCUGUCCCGAAGACGUGUCCGAUCGGCGCAUAAUGUUAGACAAUGUGAGCACUCGUAUCGACGAUCUCAAUACGGUGUUGACUCAGACCACAGAACACAGACACCGCAUACUAUUGGCUUCGGCGAAGAAUCUGAAGAAUUGGUUCGUAAAAGUGAGGAAAAUGAAAGCCAUCUACGCGUCGAUGAAUAUGUUUAAUUUCGAUACGACCCAAAAGUGUCUGAUAGCCGAGUGUUGGUGUCCUUCAGACCGGUUGGACGCCGUGCGACACGCGUUGCGAAUCGGAACCGAUAGAAGUGGUUCUGCGGUUCCCUCUAUACUAAAUCGAGUUCACACGCAGGAAACGCCUCCCACUUUCAAUCGGACCAAUAAACUGACCACUGGUUUCCAGGCCAUUGUGGACGCGUACGGAGUGGCCAACUAUCGGGAGGUGAAUCCGGCGCCGUAUACUAUCAUCACUUUCCCGUUCCUGUUUGCGGUGAUGUUUGGCGACGCCGGACACGGGAUCAUAAUGUUUCUGUUCGCCCUAUGGAUGGUCCUAAAAGAGCGCCAAUUGGCCGCUCAGAAGUCCAAUAACGAGAUUUGGCUCACGUUUUUCAACGGCAGAUAUAUUAUACUAUUGAUGGGAAUGUUUUCCAUAUACACGGGUUUCAUGUAUAACGACGUGUUCGCCAAAUCCCUGAAUAUAUUUGGCUCCCAAUACUUCUCUCCGCCGCCGACACAACUGCCCUUCCCAUUGAACGUCACUUAUCCAGAUUUGCGCAAAUUUAAUGAUAAGUCUCUUUUGUUGGAUCCGCUAAACCACACGCACACCCGUUAUCCCUAUCCGUUCGGAAUGGACCCCAUUUGGCAGAUCAGCGAAAACAAGAUCCUAUUCCUCAACUCAUAUAAAAUGAAAUUAUCGGUCAUUUUGGGUGUUCUUCAGAUGUUGUUUGGAGUUAUCCUUAGCUUUUGGAAUCACACGUACUUCAGAAGAAGCAUUAAUAUAUGGGUUGAAUUCAUUCCUCAGGUUAUAUUCUUGCUGUGUAUCUUCGGGUACAUGAAUGCCAUGAUAAUUGUCAAAUGGUUCAAAUACAACGUCAGAUCGUCUAACGCCGCGCCUAAUGUACUCAUUACUCUCAUAUCUAUGUUUCUAUUCAAAUACCCGGACGACAACGACAAGAAUGUUCCCACAUAUCUCAAGACAUGGUAUCCGCAGCAGAAGAAUAUACAGACAAUACUACUAAUCCUGGCGGUGCUGUGCAUACCCUGUAUGCUGGCCAUUAAGCCCUGGUAUUUGAACCGACAGCACAAACGCAGACAAUACCAGCUACUACUGAGUCAAAGUCUAGCCGGCGGUGACACCACUGUAUUGAUAGUGGAGGACGAGCACAGCGGUGGCGGUGAUGGACACGGAGGGCGGGAUGGACACGGAGGCGGCGGCGAGUUUGAAUUGGGCGACACUAUCAUCAAUCAGGCCAUUCACACGAUUGAGUACUGUUUGGGAUCGAUCUCACAUACGGCCAGUUAUCUGCGUUUGUGGGCACUAAGUCUGGCGCACUCACAGCUCAGUGAAGUGCUCUGGAAUAUGGUUAUGAAGAUAGGUUUGUCUCAAGUGACGACAAUCGCUGCCCUGAAUGGCGUAAUAAUGGUGGUCAUAUUCGCCGCGUGGGCUGUGCUUACAGUGGCUGUGCUUCUAGUGAUGGAGGGUUUGAGUGCAUUCCUUCACGCCCUCCGUCUUCAUUGGGUUGAGUUCAACAGUAAGUUCUAUUCGGGCGCCGGAUAUGCUUUCCAACCCUUUUCUUUCGAUGUGAUCCUCGAUUUGGCCGAAAAGGAGAGCGCCGUUGAGACCACCAAAUAA